UGGAGCUGACCCGCAGGGCCCUGGGGCUGGGGCCGGGGCUUGGAUUGGAGGUCCUGCCUUCUGCCCUGUGAUAGGUCGCAGGGGAGGGUGCAGGGCAGCUGCGGGGUUGCACAGCGGUUGGCUGCCCUGACUGGGGGCCAUGGCAGAAGGGACGGAGACCAGGACCCUGAGCCCUUUGAGCCCCCAGGCAGCAGGCACCCGGGCUAUGACUUCAGCUGGCUCUGAUGGCCCACAUGGACACAGGAUCUAUUUUUAGCUCUGGCCACAGAAGCUUCAACCACCACGGAACGCAGGGGUAGCCAGGGCUGCGCCAAGGCUGUCUGGGUAGAGGGAGGAGUGGGAGAGACCAGGCUGCCCCAUGACCAGACGGCCCCCUGUGUGAGCCCUGACCAGUUCUCCAUGGCCUGGCAGACAGCCUGCCUCUGGGUCAAGGACAAGGUCAGGGCGUGCAGCUGGGAGAGCAGAGGGACAAGGCCCUGUGGUCUGGACAAGGGUUGCAUCAGUCCAAGCAGUGGCCCAGGGCAGGGAGGGCAAAGGCUGGGUUGGUUGUGUAAAGGCAGAGGGACUGCCCCAGAGUGAGACAGCAGGUGCAGAGAGACCGGGCCUGGCUGGCCUCCCACGAGUGGCCAGUCCCACAGGUGGCCAAUGAUUCGCUAUUUGCACUUAGGCAAGGAGCCUGCCUUCCAUGGGCCUCAGACUCCCCAUACAUGUAAUGACAACGCUGGACUAGAAGGCUGAUCCCAGCUCCUGUCUCCUGCCCUGGGGUCCCCACUUUCUUCAUUACAGAGAUUCCCAGUGCCCUACUAGCCCUGGCUGUGGGUGGCCACAUGCAGCCCUGUAGAAAGUCCCUCUGGCUGGCACUGUCUGCCUCCUGGCUCCUCCUCAUCCUCCUGGGGAUCUGCCCCCUUUUCCGCCUGGCAGUGCCACCCAAGCCUCCUCCAGGACACCCCCAAGGCUGGCCCCACUGGCUGGAUGCUGCAUUCCUAUCUAGUUUCUCCCAGCCUGGGGAGCCCCCAGAAGAUGCUCCACAGCUUCCUCAAGCCCCCCGGGGGAGCAGCUGCUCCUGGGGAACGUGCUUUGACACCUCCAAAUGUAGAGGCAAUGGUCUUAAGGUCUUUGUGCUCCCCCUGGCUAGCCCGACCUCUGAGGCUCCUCAAAGGAUCCUGGCCUCCCUGGAAACCUCUGGCUACCACACACCCAACACAUCGGAGGCUUGCCUCCUCCUCUUCCUCCCCAGCUUGGACCAGAGAGGAGUUUGCCAGCCUUUGCCUCCACACUGGAGUGCUGGCAAGAACCAUCUGGUCCUCAGUCUCCACCCAGCCCUCUGCACCCACCGGGGACAGGUGAUGGUGGCCGAGGCCAGCCCCUCAGCAGACAUCUUCCGACCCGGCUUUGAUGUAGCGCUCCCGCUCCUCCCUGAAGACCAUCCGUUGCAAGGUGGGGCUCCUGGCCAGCUGCAGCAGCACAGCCCCCAUUCAGGGGCAGUCUGGCUAGCCGUAGCAGAAGAGAGGGGCGGGUGGCGCAUCGCAGGUAUCCAGGACUCCGCCUGCCCCUGGGAUGAGCACUGUGAUCUGCAUCCCAGACCCCAACAGGCCCUCCUGUGCUUCCUCAGGACCCAACUGGGAGAAAUGCUACCUAAUGCCACAUUCUGCCUCAUUCCUGGCCACCGACCUGCCACCUCCCACUUCCUCCAGGCCCUUCAGGCUGGCUGUAUCCCUGUGCUCCUCAGCCCCCGCUGGGAGCUGCCGUUCUCUGAGGUCAUCGACUGGACCAAGGCAGCCAUCAUUGCUGAUGAGAGGCUCCCACAGCAGGUCCUAGCUGCCCUCCGAGAGAUGCUCCCUGGACGAAUUCUCACCCUGCGCCAACAGACCCAGUUUCUGUGGAACGCUUACUUCUCCUCAGUGGAAAAGGUCAUCCAUACCACUCUAGAGAUCAUUCAAGACCGUAUCUGGGGUGCAUCUGCUCAUUCCUCGCUGCUGUGGAACAGCCCUCCAGGGGCACUCCUGGCCCUGCCCACUUUUUCCAUGAGCCCCCAGGACUUCCCCUUCUACUUCUUGCAACAGGGCUCCCACCCUGAGAGCAGAUUCAGCGCCCUGAUCUGGGUGGGGGCCCUUGGCCAGCCCCCCCUGAAGCUCAUCCAGGCCGUGGCAGGUUCCAGGCACUGUGCCCAGAUCCUGAUACUCUGGAGCAGUGAGAAGCCACUCCCUGACAGGUGGCCAAAGACAACAGUGCCUUUGACAGUCAUUGAGGGGCACAGGAAGGCCAGUGACCGCUUCUUCCCGUACAGCACCAUCAGCACCAGUGCCAUACUCAGCCUCGAUGCCCACAGUACUCUUUCUACCAGUGAGGUGGACUUUGCCUUUGUAGUGUGGCAAAGUUUUCCAGAGCGGAUUGUUGGUUUUCUGACUUGGAACCACUCCUGGGAUGAGGCCCGGGGUGGCUGGAGCUACAGUGCUAAGAUGGCCAAUGAAUUCUCCAUGGUCCUCACCACAGCAGCCUUCUACCACAGGUACUACCACACCCUCUUCACCCACUCCCUACCCAAGGCGCUGAGGACCCUAGUAGAUGAGACUCCCACCUGUGUGGACGUCCUGAUGAACUUCCUAGUAGCAGCUGUUACCAAACUGCCCCCUAUCAAGGUGCCCUGUGGGAGGAAGCACCCGGAGCCUGCUCCACUGGCCCCUGGGGGUCCUGGGCUGGGGUCAGAGACGCAGCCCCUGGGCCAGGACUGCAUCAACCGGAUGGUAGCAGAGUUCGGCCACAUGCCUCUGGUGUCCUCUCGCGUGCGUCUGGACCCCGUGCUGUUCAAGGACCCGGUGUCCGUGCAACGCAAAAAGUACCGCAGCUUGGAGAAGCCCUAGAGUGGCGCUAAGGUCCCAGGGGUGCUGAGGAGCUGGGCUGCACCGGGACACGAGAAGACCAAUCAAGACCUUGGAUUCGUUUAAACCUAUCCAGGUCGGCCAAUCAUGGCCAGGGUGUCCUAAAGGGCGUGGCCUCCCCGAGAAGGCACAGUCUCCCUCGGAGCAGGCAGGUCCCUUUUCCUGAAAUGCUUCUCUGCAGAGCUGGCUGGAACCUGCCUUCCGAUCCGCGCCGGACCCCCAUCCUCGUCCACCUCCUCGGAUUCAUGCUGGCUGGACCCGGGACGGAUUGGGAGACCCGGAGGGCGGGUCUUGCCCUCUUCUCUCUAAUCUGACAGGUGCAUCGCAAAGAAAUUGAUAGCUGCAAGUGUAUCAACUGGAUACCAGCGUGGCAGCACAUGGACAUAGUGUGCAAGGGGGAAAACUCUGUCCAUAUGGUGUGUACAUGGGCAGAGAAGCCAGGUGAAUGGGGAACACAGGACAUCCCAGCUUCAGGAGAUGCUGGUGACUGACAGCGCUGCACUACCGAUCCCGACCACUAGAGGUCAUCCGCUGCAUCCGUACCACACUCCCUUCUUAAAAAUGGACUUUGGUUUUGCUUUGGGGUUUUUUUUUUUUUUUU